CACCAAUUAUUAAGUGCAUCAUUAUACAUUCCAAACGGUGUUGCGCAGAGGUCCUUUACCGCAGAUGUCUUGCAAGAUGGGAAGCACAGCUGGGGCGGCGGUCUUUGUCAACGCUUUUCUGCAUGCGCAGCUUGGCGGCCCUCUUGUAUAAGCAGGGGGAGCUUGAUGAGGCUGAAGAGCUGCAGCGCAAAGCCGUCGUGGGGAUAAAAGCACAGCUGGGCCCGCACCAUCCGGACACGCUCAGCAGCGUAAACAACCUUUCCCUUAUCCUCGUGUCGCAGGGCAAACUGGAGCAGGCCGAAGAGCUGUUGUGGAGCCUUGGAAGGUGGAGAGUCCCAACUGGGGCCGCAACAUCCGGAGACGCUCACUUUCGUGAACAACUUGGCCUCUCUCUUGAAGAAGCAGGGUAAGUUGGAGGAGGCGGAGGAGCUUUAUCGCAGGGCGCUGAAAGGAAACGAGGAUCAGCUGGGAUCCACGCAUCCAGCCACCCUCGUCUCUGUCGACAACCUGGCACUUCUUCUGCAGGCCAAAGGCUGCUUUGCAGAGGCUGAGCCUUUGUGCCGGAGAGCGACUAAUGGCUUCGAAGCCCAGCUCGGGCCGAACCAUGAAGGCACGCUGAUUUGUCUCCGCAAUUUCGCUGGCCUCCUGCAGGAGCAAGGAAGGCUCGAUGAGGCUGAGGAGCUUCUGCGCAAGGUUCUGAAAAGAAAGGAAGACCUUCUGGGAGCCUCGCAUGCAGAGACCCUCCUCUCCAUCCGGAAUCUGGCAAGUCUUCUGGAGGUGAAACGAUCCUUUGCAGAGGCGGGUCAGCUAUAUCUCCGCGAGUUGCGUGGCCUCGAGGAGCUCCACGGUCCAAAUCACGAAAUGAUCCAACAAAGCCAACGCAACCUGGAGCGAGCCCAACAAGCGCACAGGCUUCAAACUGCUGCUGCCAUGGACGUGUUGCCAGCCAACCAGACAAUCGUCAAAGGAAUGCGCUGUCGUUACUGGUCCUCCACCCAUGGAGGUCGCUGGCUACCGGCCUGCCUCACCAAGGUGCAUGGUGAUGGCACGGUGGAUCUGGACAUCAAAAAACACGCCUCCCUCGAGAACAUCUCGCCAUCUCCGGAGGUGGCUGAGGCAGAGGCGUGGCCCCCGGGGCCCAGUGUCAGCUACAACAGCAGCACCGCCAAGCGUUGGAUCCCAGCGGUGGUGCAGUCGUUCAACUCGAUGAGCAGCACCAAUCCUGUUGGUAGCUACAACCUGGACGUCCGUCCCAUGGCGGACUGUGAGAAGAUCCGGCCCCGGCUGACGUACGUGCAAGAAGCAGAAACCGCACAGCAGCAUUCCCGGGAAGCGCUCUUGAAAUGGACGAACCCAGCCAGAGAGGAUGCGUAG